AUGGUGGAUGCUGAUCAUUACCAAGUGAAUAGUACAAGAUCUCAAUGUGUGGUAGACGUAAAAGAGAAAAUAUGUACUUGCAGAAAAUGGGAUUUGACGGGAAUGGCAUGCAAUCAUGCAAUUACAACUAUAUGGGACAUGGCUAGAAAUGAUAUAAGGGCGGGUAUUCCAGAAGAGUGGGUAUCAGAGGUGUAUUGGCUGGAUACAUGGAAGAAGGUUUUCGAGAAUGUCAUAAAAUCAAUUCCCGGGCCAGACAAUUGGAGACCAUCUAGAUGUCCAACUACAUUGACUCCUCCAAAACACCAUAAGCAGGUUGGUAUGCCCAAAAAGAAAAGAAAAAAGGAAUUCGGUGAAGAUGAAGUUGUCGCUGAUUUUGAUAACGGUGAAAAAAUGACCCGGAAGGGCACUACCUCCAUGUGCAUCAAGUGUGGUAACAAGGGCCACAACAUGAGAAGCUACAAGGGACAGGGUGGAGUCCAUGGUCGGUAG